AGCAUUUCUUUUCUUUUUCGUCUUGUUCUACUUGAAUUAUAAGAUAUUUUACAUUCCUUAGAUUAGAGCCAAUUUGUGAGACCGUCCAAGGACAAAUCUUAGAAAUUGCAGGAGAAACCUCAACCUUUAGAGCAAAAUAUGGGACUUGAGUAAAAUCAUCUAAAACAAUCUUGUUCAACAGUUCCCGAUCUAUAACAGCAAAAGCUAGCAAAGUCCCGAUAUGGGUCGCCGCAAGUCAAAAAGGAAGCCGCCGGCAAAGAGGAAAGCCAUAGAGCCGCUUGAUCAACAAUUCAACUGCCCAUUUUGUAAUCACGAAAAAUCUUGUGAAGUAAAAAUGGAUCGAGCGCGUAAUACAGCUCGAAUACAAUGUCGAGUGUGUUUAGAAGACUUUCAAACCACCACCAAUGUACUGUCUGAGCCCAUAGAUGUUUAUAAUGACUGGGUAGAUGCUUGUGAAAGCGCAAAUUAGCCCUGCAAAAUGCCCUAAAUGUGUAUUAUGGGAGUCUCUAUAAAAUCUUUAAGAUAAUAUGUAUUUUAAGAUGUGUACUUUUGUAUUUAUUUCCAGUUUUUAACAAUCUUAAUUAUUUUCAAAUAUGUAUCUCACUGUUCAAUGAGCAUAAUAUAAACUUAUUAAAGGCUUGUUUCUGUAAGAAAUGCUCACAGAGAUCUCAGGCUAAAUGUAUGCCAUAUUAUUGUCUUGUAAGUUACACUGUACUGUACCUAGCCCAGACCAUUAAUACUGAUUCUACAGCCUUGACUAUUUUUUAACCAUUUGAGCGCCUUGCAGCAGUUGCAACUCUUAAAAGUGUAAGCUACAUUAGGGUUUGGGUCACACCUACCCAGUCAAUGUCUGACUUGAAACUAUUGUUGUUGCCAUUUUCUGAUACCAAUUUCCUGUUGCAAUGAAUUUAUAAAUUGUAUUCAAACCAACUUACCAAGUUAAGGUAUUUUUGUAUACAGUAAGCCAGAGUUGCCCCAGUUUACCACCUAUAUGCACCUUGUAUUUGCAAUGUUCUAGUAAUUAGCAAGACAAUCAGAUAUCAACGUAAACCUAGGUUUUUAGCUUUGAGGAUAAAAGAAUAGUUUAUAAACUUAAGAUCAACUAAUUGUAUUAGAUAAUGAUUAUCAAUAAAAACAUGAAAUAACAU